GUAUAGUAUCAUCUAGUAUCAUUAAACAAGAAUCAAAAAUGUCUACUGGUCCUGUUAGAGAUGGCUCCCAAGUUUUUGGUGUUGCCCGUAUCUUUGCUUCUUUCAACGAUACUUUCGUCCACGUUACCGAUUUGUCCGGUAAGGAAACCAUUGCCAGAGUCACUGGUGGUAUGAAGGUCAAGGCCGACAGAGAUGAAUCUUCCCCAUACGCUGCCAUGUUGGCCGCUCAAGACGUCGCUGCCAAGUGUAAGGAAGUCGGUAUUACCGCUGUCCACAUCAAGAUCAGAGCUACUGGUGGUACCAAGACCAAGACCCCAGGUCCAGGUGGUCAAUCUGCCCUCAGAGCUUUGGCUAGAUCCGGUUUGAGAAUCGGUAGAAUUGAAGAUGUCACUCCAGUUCCAUCUGAUUCCACCAGAAGAAAGGGUGGUAGAAGAGGUAGAAGAUUGUGAGUGUGUUUUGCAUUAGAAAGAUUAAUUAUUGUUCAUUCAUUCUUAUUACUAUUAUAAUAAUAAAUCAAAUCCAUUUAAAUCAUAAUGUUCCAAUGGUGUCCAUCAAUUAUUCCUGAAACACAGCUGCAAUUUUUACACUAAUCUUUUCCAACCACAACCCUUCAGCUUCUCCCGAGGUUGAUACUCUUUUCUAUACUAUAUAAAAAAGAAAAAUGUACAUUUACUG